GCCGAACGUCUAUCGAAUGUUUUGCUUCUACGAAAAAAAUAAUAACCCCACACGCUCAAUAACAAACGUGACUAAUGAAAAGGAGCUGCGUGGUUUUGAUGCACUAGGCUGGCAAUAAAAAAGUGUGCGAAUGUUAGAUAUAGUAUCGUCUGGCAAAACAUAAAAACAUGGACUACGGCGAACCAUUGGAAGAAGGAAUGAAGUGAUUAGUGUGGCAAUAACGAGAAACCCCUAAAGCUUUGUUCGUGCAAAAAAGCUGUUUCCUGAUUCCAUUUUGUGCAACAGUUUUUGGAUGGUGGAAAGCCGAUAGGAAAAGCAUCAUCAAAACGAUCGUACGCGAUCGGUCCUGCUGCGCCAAUCCAACUGGUAAAUCAUAGGCAGAACGUCGAAGAAACAGUAUUUUGGUGCGUGCAGCUGAGUGGUUGGAACGUUAUAAACAGAAGAUGCAGUAGAACAGUGGAUCCACGAGAGAAAAAAGCCAGAAACGAAACGGGACGUCGAGUGGAUAGGAAGGAAAAGAAAAUAACAAAAGAUAACAACGACCACCGAACUGGGCCCAACGAUUUAGUCGCGGGUUCGUGGCAACGCGCGUUGUUGAUGCUGCUGCUGCUGCCACUGCUGCCACAAAAGCAGGGCUGCAAGUUUUGCCCCACCAUCGUCAUCAUCAUCGUCAUCAUCAUUCUUUCCCAUCUUGUACGAUCAGCACCGGUUGCUGCACCCGACCAUUCGUUCGAUUGUUCGCCCGCAACGCAGGUUCGUUCAUCCGGUCGCUCAUAGAAGUUAAGCGUUGGUGGUGGGAGAGGGGUGUCAGAGGGCUGGUGGCAGGUGCUGUAGGUGGGGACCACCGAAGCACAGUUCGCUCGCCCGACCGGACGGACGCAUUCACGCACGGUUCAGUUAUGUUUCAGCGCUGUUGAGAGGCGGAGGCAAUGUACCGAUUCGGCCGGGAAACAUCGUAUCAAGUUGUUGCAGUCGUCACUAGGAUUGGUGGCGUUUGAGGUGUACGUGUACAUUUGCGGCAGCAUACUUCUGUGCGGUAUAGGUUGUGAAACAGGCACACGGGUAGAAGCAAACAAUUGGUAAAGUUUUCAUCCUCUCGUACCGUUGUCGAUGGAAGUAGUCGAUCGGAAGAACUUCGAUCGAUAAAGCUAUCGAACUACAACGCCACACGGUAACGUUCCAUUCUAAAAGACGUGGUCUGAAGCAAGUAUAGGUCCGAAGACUUCUUCCGUACGAAGACACACCCGACCUUCCGGAGAGCAAUCGUGAAUUAUACCGUUUCUAUAACGGAGAGUAAACCCUUCCUGGAGGUUAAUCAACUUAGUCGCAUUUACGUGAAAGUCCACCUAACGCGGUGGAAACUGCGCAACAACAUAACACCAUUUCACUGCGGAUCGGACAGUGAGAAAAGCGACCGAGAAAGAACGAGAAAGAUAGAAAGAGGGAGAGAAUUUGUGAAGCUAGCGGCACUUUCAUCUUGUUUCCCACGUCGAGUGGUUUUGCGUGUUUGCCUUUCGUCGCCGAGAUCGUCGAAAGAAAGCGCCGGCGCGUAAGCAAACAAGCCAGCUCGAGAGCGGAGCAUAAAGCAGCGAUAACAAAAUCCUAAAUCAGAAAGGCAAACGGCAAAACGAUCGCAAACGAUCUAAAUUCGGGUUACUUUCUCUUUUUCCCUGUCCCUCAUCAACGGGUGGCUGCAGACGACGGAUAUUGUUGUUGCUGCUGCAUCGUCUUCCGUUCCGGCGGUAGAGCAAAAUCGAGAGCAGCUUCUGUUGCUGUAGUGGAGGAAAAACACCCCAACAAAGUCAAUCGACGGGAUCGCGACCAAUGCCGACCAGAUCAUCGCGCGGUGUUGAUCGUGUUGUGAGAUUCCGUCAGUGUCACGCGUGCUUAUUCGAUGAAACUGUAGUGUUUGUUUGUUUGGUUGGUUGAUUUAAUUUUAUUUAUUAUCACACACCAUCCAGUAGUGUGUGCUUUUGUGCGACGGCAAGUGUUUGUGAUCGUGUAUGUGUCCAUGAGUUGGCUGAACGAACGAACGUGUGCCAUCAAUUGAUCUGUAUCAUUUGCGUUAGGUUCUCGCUUUUUGUGCAUCUUCCAAGAGAAUUAGUACUUGUGAGCUUAUCAACGACCCAUUUAGAAAAAAAAAAAGUUUGGUGUAAUGAUAACAAAAUCUUCCCUUUUUGGUUAACAACAAUUCAUUUCAAUAGACACACACACACACUGUGCACUGUGUAGAAGGACUUUCAGUGUCGUAAAAACAAAAUCUGUAAACAAAAAAAAAAACAGAAGAAACAUACAAAAAUCGUCCACGAUGAGUGCGUUUAGUACGUUAGCAUUCUCCGCGGCGGAAAUCACCAACCUGCUUCCGCUGACAGCAGUGAUCGUGUGCAUCGGUGCCACGAUCAUGUUCCUGAUCAAGGCCGCCGUAAUACUUCGAGUGCAGGCCGAUGACGUGUUAAGGCCGUCGAACGUAACGCAGCAGAAUCACAACGUGCAUGUACCGCGCCUCAAAAUGACCCGUGUCCACAUACCGUUCACAUUUCGGCUACUCGACGCGGGAAACAAUUCGUUUGACGAGGUACGCCUAGCGGUGUCCAGUCAGGUGAAAUACUCGCUGCAAGCGUUCUGGGGUGUUUCUAUCCGCGAGCUGCAUGUGUCACUGUGGAGAACGUGGAACGAUCUCCGGGAGGCAUCGAAUUCGCACAUCGUCGAUUCCAGCUACUGUCAGCAACUGGCAACUAACGUAAGAUGCUGUCAACCGCAUACGGAGCACAUCAUCGCACUGCAAUCCCCAAAGCCACCAUUGAUUUUGGGCGCUCCUCCUAGGCUAUCAUACCCGUUGGUAGUGUUUAUGAUCCGUGAAACUGAACCAGAAGAGCUACUGCAUCCGGAUGAGACAGUAAUUCUGGUAAAUGUCGUCCAUCUGCGGGAUCCGGUCUGUCCACUGCCGACGUCAGUUUUGGCCCAGUACUUAAAGCAGGCGAGCGGUCAACUAUCUUGCUUGAAGCAACUCUAUCUGGCCACCGGUGAUCCAAUGACGGCAGACGAAGCAACGACCACUGGUGCUGGCUGUAAUACCAACGCUGGCAAUGGUGGUGGAAUUGGCACCGCAGGAACAACCGUCCCUACCGGAACACUAUCGCUCGCGGAACCGGUAGCCUGUGCCGGCAAUAAUGAACCACUGCUCUGUUCAGAUUCGACCCCACGGGACUGCCCGGUAGGGGAGCAGCUGUGCGUUGUGUGCCAUUACUUUCCACUUUCCCGAGCGUUACUACCGUGCCGACACACGUGCAUCUGCGCAGUUUGUUUCUCCAAACUGGACCGGUGUCCCAUGUGUCGGGCCACGAUAACGAGCUACUUCUGCAUACGAACCGAGGAAUAUUUACCGGCCAACACGACAAACGAGCUUAAGGUCAACAGCAAACCGAAAGGAACCGUUCACUGGCUGGACGCGCUCAACGAUCGGCUAACCGAUUUUCUCGGCUUUCGGUGAAGAACGCUGUAGGAGGCGUGCUGCGUGUGAGACGGGAUGAUGUAUUAGUAUUAGCGUUCCGGGCGUAUCUUAAAUCCGUCGCGUUCCGUCACGAUAGUUCGUCCGGCUCAGUGUCUUCCGGCGUAAGACAGGAGGGACAACCGAUUAGGUACAGUGACACACCAUUGUGUUUAGAAAGGGAAAACAGAGUUGUAGAGAUUUUGCAAGAGUAAAAAAUGUGAAAAAAUAUAUUUAGUAUUAGUUUACCUGUCGGUAGUAAAAGUUUCGCAUUCCGGAUCCCCAUCGAUAGUCAGGAGUAUCGUUGAGCCGAGUACGUUAAAGGUGAUAAAGGAGGGAUUAAUAGGAAGAGCGGUAACACGGGAAUGGUUUUAAACAUACGUGAAGCCAUUCGUUCGCCGAUCGUUCGUGUAAUGGGAAAAAGGGGGGUAAGGAAUGUGUAAAGCAACCGAUGUGUACGAUGAUCGUUUCAAAUUGGUCCGUUUUAUUUGAGGUGUUUUUCUUUGCAAGCGAUCUAUGCUAGACCCGUUUUCGAUAAGGUUUAUUUCUUUAGCUGUGAUUUUUUAAAACGGAAACGUAAGUGAUGUGUGUUAGCAAAAGAAACAUAGAGAAUCGAAAAUCUUUAUCUACGGAUGACUGAUUUGUGUUUUAAAUAAAGAUUUAUUAACGCUGUGAAUCAA